AUGCCAACAUCCAUAGGCGCGGCUCUCAAGAGCCUGCCGGCACCGGCAGCCGCGGACGCCGAGAAGCUCCGAUUCAUCGAGGAGCUGACCCGCAACGUAGACUCGCAGCAGGAGCGCGUCCUCGCCGAGAUCCUCGGGCGCAACGCCGGCGCAGAGUACCUCAGUACCUGCGGCCUCGACGCCGCCACCGCCGACCGCGCAACCUUCCGGUCCAAGGUCCCCGUUAUGUCGUACGAGGAUCUGCAGCCUUACAUCCAACGCAUCGCCAACGGCGACCGCUCGCCUGUCCUGUCGACGCGCCCCGUCUCCGAGUUCCUCACCAGCUCCGGCACGUCCGCCGGCGAGCAGAAGCUGUUCCCCAACGUCGAGGACGAGCUCGAUCGCCGCCAACUUCUCAACAGCCUCGUUAUGCCUGUCAUCAACAGAUGUUUUCCUAAGAUGGCUAAAGGCGGAAAGGGGCUCUUCUUCCUCUUCAUCAUGUCGGAGACGAAGACGCCGGGCGGCCUGGUGGCGCAGCCGGUCCUCACAAGCUACUACAAGAGCGAGCAGUUCAAGAAUGGGUCGGAUGGCCCCUACUAUCACAACACGAGCCCGCUGGCAGCCAUUCUAUGCGAGGACGCCUUCCAGAGCAUGUACGCGCAGAUGCUGUGCGGUCUGUGCCAGCGGCACGAUGUCCUGCGCAUCGGCGGCUCCUUCGCCUCCGGCCUCCUCCGCGCCAUCACCUUCCUCCAGCUCAACUUCAAGCAGCUCGCCGACGACAUCGAGGCGGGCACGCUCACCUCGCGCGUCACUGACAUAUGUGUGCGGGACGCGGUCGCUGACAUCCUCCGAAGGCCAGAUCCCGAUCUGGCGCAGUUCGUGCGGGCCGAGUGCGCCAAGGAUGACUGGGCCAGCGUCCUGACACGCAUUUGGCCGAACACGCGCUACCUGGACGUCAUAAUCACGGGCGCCAUGGCGCAGUACAUCCCGGCCCUCCGGCACUACGGCGGCGGCCUGCCGCUGGUGUGCACCAGGUACGGGUCCUCCGAGUGCUUCUUCGGCAUCAACCUCCGCCCGGCGUGCGACCCGUCGGAGGUGUCCUACACCAUGAUGCCCAACAUGGCCUACUUCGAGUUCCUCCCCGUGGACGACGUGGCCGCCGGAGACGACGACGCGAGGAGCCGGCUCGUGGACCUGGCCCGCGUGGAGGCCGGGCGCGAGUACGAGCUGGUGGUGACCACCUACGCGGGGCUGAACCGGUUCCGCGUCGGCGACGUCCUCCGCGUGACCGGGUUCCACAACGCGGCGCCGCAGUUCCGGUUCGUGCGCCGCCGGAGCGUGCUGCUGUCCGUGGACUUCGACAAGACCGACGAGGCCGAGCUCCAGCGCGCCGUGGAGGUCGCGUCGGCGCUGCUCCGCCCGCACGGCGCGUCCGUGGCGGAGUACACCAGCCGCACGUGCACCGAGCGCGUCCCCGGUCACUACGUGGUCUACUGGGAGAUGCUGCCGGUCACCACCACCGCCAAGUGCGCCGGCGGGGCGGUGGAGAAUGAGGUGAUGGGCAUGUGCUGUCUGGAGAUGGAGGAAGCCCUGAACGCGAUGUACAGGCAGAGCAGGGUCGCGUUUCGCUCGAUCGGGGCGCUGGAGAUCCGUGUGGUGCAGGCAGGCACCUUCGAGGAAGUCAUGGAGGACGCCGUCUCCCGCGGCGCGUCGGUGAACCAGUACAAGGUGCCGCGCUGCGUGACGCUCCCGCAUGUCAUCCAACUGCUCGACUCGCGCGUCCUGUCCACCCACUUCAGCCCGGGCCUGCCGCACUGGAUCCCGCCCGAACUGUCCGACUAA